UCUGUUGCUAUAGAUACAACACAUUUGCCACUUAUGUUUACAUUCGAUGUGAUUGCUGCGAUCGUUCUUAAUAUACGUUUUGAAAUUUAAUGUUUUCUCUGAACAUUUGAUAAUUGUUAUGUGUGGAAUUUGUUUAUUAUUGCAUUCUCGUGUUGGUGAAUCAGAUAGUCAAUCUCAAAUCACUCCUGAAUUCUUAGAGGAAUUAACUGAAAAGUUGAAAUCACGAGGACCUGAUUGUUUUCAAGAAAUAAAAGUUUUUUCAGAAAGAUCAUUUGAGUUAUGUUUUUAUUCAUCUGUUUUGCAUCUUAGAGGGUCCACUUUAGAACCGCAACCAGUUCAGGAUGACAAAGGCAAUAUUUUGUUAUGGAAUGGAGAAAUUUUUAAUGGACCUUUGUGUCAAAGCUCAGCUUCAGACACUAAGGUUUUGAGUGAAAAAUUGUCUGGUUGCAUAAAUAUGCAAGAAGUUGUGGAUGUUCUUGGAUUGAUUCAUGGUCCAUAUUCAUUUAUAUAUUACCAGAAAUGCCUCAACCACUUAUGGUUUGGAAGAGAUAUAUUUGGCAGACGCAGUUUGUUGUGGAACAUCAGCGAAGAUGCUUUCAAGCUUUGCUCAAUGGCUCUUGGUAAAGAAAAAUGGAAAGAAGUUCCGACUACAGGACUGUUUUGCUUAAAUCUCAAUGAAAAGAGUACAAAAAGUUCAUUGGUAGUUUACUGUUUUCCUUGGUCUACAAGUGCAUCAGGGUUAUCUACAUGCCACAACAAAAUUGACUUCAGUAAUGUUGAAAAUUUGAUCUUACGAACUAAAGAAAAUAAUUUUAUUGAAAACCCCAUAGAUAAAUCAUUAAACAGGUCUUUACCACCAAUUAGAACUAAUGAGGAUCAUUCAAAAAUUUCAAAUGGAGGAGAAAUAGAAACUUUUAAUUUGCUUUUAGAAGAUUCUGUUUACCAAAAUAAUGUUGAUUGUUUUGAGCAUGUACUUUCUGAAUCUGUGAGGAGAAGAGUACAGAAUCAGCCUUAUUUGUGUAAAGAUUGUUAUGUAAGGAACUUUUCUAGCUGUAAUCAUUCUUCUGUUGGAAUUUUGUAUUCUGGUGGUUUAGAUUCAAUUGUUAUUGCUGCAUUAGCACAUAGAUAUUUGCCUAAGAAUCAAUCUAUUGAUUUAUUAAAUGUUGCAUUUGCUAGCAAUGAAAAAUUAAAAGACCCAUCACACCAAAAAAGCACAUUAGCUUUUGAUACUCCUGAUAGAUUAACAGGAAGGAGUGGUGUUAGAGCUUUAAAAGCAAUUUGUCCAACACGUCAAUGGAACUUCAUUGAAGUGAAUAUUUCUGAAGAGAUGCUAGUAACUCAAAGAAAAAAUAGAAUAAGUCAACUACUUAUUCCGAAUUGUACUGUUUUAGAUGACAGCAUUGGAUGUGCAAUUUGGUUUGCUGCCCAUGGAGAGGGUUUCCUUCUAUCUGAUGGUUAUUAUGAAAAUUAUAAGUCACCAGCAAGGGUAUUGCUUGUUGGAAUGGGAGCUGAUGAACAGUUAGGGGGAUAUUCUAGACAUCGAGCAAAAUUUAAUAAUUGUGGAUGGGAGGGACUCAUUGAUGAACUAGCUCUGGAGUUGGAUAGAAUUGGAUCAAGAAAUUUAGGCAGAGAUGAUAGAAUUAUUUCCGAUAAUGGUGUGGAGUCUCGGUAUCCUUUUCUAGAUGAGAAUGUGGUUUCCUACUUGAAUGAUUUGCCUGUUUGGUUAAAGAUGGACUUAAAUUUACCUCGAGGAUUGGGAGAAAAAUUGCUUCUUCGUCUCUUGGCUUUUAAAAUAGGCCUGUUAGAAGCUGCAGUUUUGCCAAAGCGUGCCAUACAAUUCGGAUCAAGGAUUGCAAAGAUUGAAAAUACUAAAGAAAAAGGGUCAGAUAUUUGUGAACGGUUGAAACAAUUAUGACAGUAAUAAUCAAUAAAGUAAAUUUUAUUAUGUAAAA